AUGGAAGAACUCGGCAAACUUCUUCAAGAACUUGAACAAAUGGAAACACGCGAAUCGGUUUUUGAUCCUUUAGUUGAAAACCCACUUGAAAUUGAUAAAAAAGAAGUUCCAGCAGAAGAAUGUAAAGAAUUUGUCUUUCGUGAUUUAGACAAGCAGCCCAAAGCUGGUGAUAUGUAUGAUGUCUUUCUGAACCUCAGUAAUACAAUAUUUUAUUCUGUAUUCCUCGAAGAUGGUUAUAAGAAGACAGAUUUUUUAGUCGAUGCCGAUAUAACUGAUACAAACCUUCAUGCAUCAGAAGUAAUAGUUCAAUGA